AUGAAUUUUGAAAAUUUUAUGCCAAAUUUCCCAGAUACCAUUGGGGGUUGGGAAAAACGGAAGACAGUCAAAACGGAUGAGUCCAAAGAGCAGAAAAGAGCUGAAGAAGAUAAUACAGCAAAGAACGAGAAAAUUAAACCAAAAACUGCGGUAGAGAAUAGCUUGAUUACGUCAAGUACUGCAACAGUAGAUUCAACUGCCACAGGGAAGAUACAACUUGAGCUGGGAAAGACCUGUGAGAUUGCACCAAUAACAACAACAUUAAAACUAAAGGAUACUUCUAAAUGUGAUAAAAAGAUUACUGACGACAAGAAAGAAACCAACAACAGUGGUAAAAUGAAAGUCGGGAAAAAAGUGACAAGAAAAUAAAAGUCAAAGCUAAUAAAAAAUAAGCAAUUUGUCCAUAUAACUCACAUAAUUGUACUUUAGAAAUUC